GCUAGUACAGUUUCGAAAACAGUCGAAAUAACAACCGAGAAUCAUCAAGAGUGCGAUGAAAAUAAUCUUCUUCGCCUUACUGCUAGUGGGAAUCGCGAAAAACACCGCCGCUCAUCCUCUCGAGGAUGACCCGGUGGAGGAAGAGAGAUCCAAGCGGUCUCUCUUCACCGACCCGGCGGUGUCUUUGACUGGCAUGGAGAAGAUAUCCAAGAGAUCCGUUGACGAAAACGCUGACGACAUGGACACCGCCGCCACCAACGCAUUUCUCCCAGCCUUCGCCAGGAGGAGGGGUAAGAGAUCUACCGAUUUGGAAGAGAUGAACACCGCUGAGAACGUUUUCCUUCCGGCUUUUUCGAGGAGGAUCUACAGAGGUAGAAGAGCGGCCGAUGAAGACUUAGAGGACCUGGACACAGACGCAUCCACCGCUAUUUUUACCCCGUCCUUCGCCAGGAGAGGCCUUAGGAGAAAUAGAAGAUCCGCUAUUAGCGACCAAGACGAUCUAGAAGGUGCUGAAACGAACGCUUUCCUUCCCGCUUUUGCUAGGAGAGGUUUGCGUAGGAGUAGAAGAUCUGCUGACUUAGAAGAUGCUGAUUUAGACACACAAGAAACUCACGCGUUUCUUCCUGCGUUUGCUAGAAGAAAUUCCAGAAGGAACAAGAGGUCUACUGAUCUAGAAGAAAGCGAUUUGGACACCGCCGCUACAAAUGCAUUCCUACCAGCAUUUGCUAGAAGGAGCAGAGGUAGAAGAUCUGCUGAUCUAGAAAAAGAAGACUUGGAAACUGCUGCUACUAACGCCUUCCUCCCUGCGUUUGCUAGAAAAGGCUUUCGAAGGAGUUAGAGAUCUAUAGAAGCUGACGAUUUGGAACCCGCUGAGACAAAUGCGUUCUUACCUGGAUUUGCAAGAGGGAACAUUAUAAGAGGUUAGAAUGAGUUAGUUUAAAUAGUGUGGUACUUUUAUUUUCAAAUAGAGAAUGUAGCUUUAGAUUAUUUGUUGUUGUACGUUUCUUCUUAAUUUAUUGAUUGUAAUGUACCUGUAGUGUAUAUAAGUAGUUGUUGAUAGGAGCCUAGUUUUGUUAAAUUUUUUAAAUAAAUAUGGAAAAAAUACAUUUUUGGUGUUAUUGUUUAUGUAAGUAAGGCAACAAAUAAUUAGCACUUGCAAGAUA